AUGUUGCUCUUUGAAUCGCGUAAACCCUCGUACGGAUCGAGCUCGGGAAGCCUCCAAAUUGAGAUGGGAGGCUCUCCAACGAUGGCUAGGAAAGUGUCGGGAUUGAAAAGGAUGUUUAAAUUGCGUCGAACGCCGUCAGAUGAGGGGAAAGAAUGUCUCGGCUGCAAUGACACCGAGCAUCAUCAGCACGAGAUUCAGCCGCCAACCCGUCGUCCACAACAAUGCCAAUUGAAAGCCCGUGAUAUCUCUGUUCAAUUGGAGUCGCGGUUGGCUUGCCGCGUGGUGGUGACGUCACCAAACGCCGAGUCGUCACAAGUUUUAUCGGUGUUGCCUGAUCAGUCAGAAGACGUUGUUUAUGAGCCUAUGCAACAAGGAUGUGGACACGGUUUCUGGACGAUUAAGAUCAUCGAUAUUCAUGACGAUCAGAAAGUGCUCGGCGAGCAGACUCUUCAUUUAUCCGGUUGGGGCUCGAUCCUCGUCACAAUCACUGAAGAUUUCUCUGUGCUCAUGAAGCGUUUGGAUUUCCUCGAGUCACCAAUCGCCAUCUCAUGCGGUUAU